AUGGAUCAACCACCACCAGAUCGGAGCAAGCGACCAUGGAAGUUCUCAACGUUCGUCUACUCUUCUUCGAUCCUAUUCCUUCUUCUUUCGAUUCUCUUACUCGGCUUCACUUCCACCGAUCUCUACAAAACCCAAAGUCUGAGAUUCACCUUCACCGCGAAUCGCAUCUACAGCUAUCUCCAAUUUCACGCCGGGAAACCAAAUUCCAUAUCGGAAACCUUAAACUCGGCGUCGUCUUCGUCUCAUUGCGUGUUAUGGAUGGCUCCAUUUCUCUCCAGCGGUGGUUACAGCUCAGAGGCUUGGUCCUACAUUUUAUCACUUCAUCACCAUCUCAGAAACCACCCUAGGUUUCGAAUCACCAUCGAGCAUCACGGCGAUCUAGAAUCGCCGGAGUUUUGGGAUGGUUUAGCUACAGAGACGAAGGAGCUAGCGAUCGAAAUGCACAGUACCCAAUGUAGACCCAACGAGACGAUCGUCGUCUGCCACAGCGAGCCUGGCGCUUGGUAUCCACCACUGUUCGAGACUCUUCCUUGCCCUCCCACUGGCUACGAAGAUUUCUUAUCCGUGAUCGGCAGAACAAUGUUUGAGACUGAUAGAGUCAAUCCAGAGCACGUGAAUCGAUGCAACCGGAUGGAUCACGUCUGGGUUCCUACUGAGUUUCAUGUAUCUUCGUUUGUGCAAAGUGGAAUUGAUUCAUCAAAGGUCGUCAAGAUCGUGCAGCCUGUGGAUGUAGCCUUCUUUGAUCCUGAAAAAUACGAGCCGUUGGAUCUGAUAGCGAUUGCGGAUUUGGUUUUGGGAUCUGGAGUGAAGAAUUCUUUUGGGUUUGUGUUCUUGAGUGUGUUCAAGUGGGAGCAGAGGAAAGGUUGGGACGUGUUGUUGAAAGCUUACCUUAGAGAAUUCUCUGGGAAAGACAAUGUGGCUCUGUUUCUGUUGACAAACUCGUAUCACUCGGAGAGCGAUUUCGGGAACAAGAUUGUGGAUUUCGUUGAGGAGUUGGAUGAAGAAGAGCCUGAAGAUGAUUAUCCUUUGGUGUAUGUGAUUGAUAAACACAUAGCGCAAGUUGAUUUGCCUCGGUUGUACAAAGCGGCUGAUGCGUUUGUGUUGCCUACAAGAGGAGAAGGAUGGGGGAGACCGAUAGUGGAAGCCAUGGCGAUGUCUUUGCCUGUGAUUGCGACCAACUGGUCAGGACCGACGGAGUAUCUGACUGAAGAGAAUGGUUAUCCGUUGGGUGUGGAGGAGAUGAGUGAAGUGAAGGAAGGUCCUUUUGAAGGGCAUUUAUGGGCAGAGCCGUCUGUGGAUAAGCUUAGAGUUUUGAUGAGGCGUGUGGUGAGUGAGCCUGAGGAAGCUAGGGUUAAAGGAAAGCGUGGAAGAGACGAUAUGGUUAAGAGUUUUGCUCCUGAGGUUGUUGCUAAGGUUGUUGCGGAUCAAAUCGAGAGAAUCUUUGAUGAGAAAGUAAGAAGAUAA